CAUCAGCCUGCAACAUUCCAGCCCGGCCUCCCGGGAGCCUGCAGGGACGACCCGCUCCGACUCGGUGUUUACCUGUUCGGAGAGACGCCACCUGCUGAUCUUCAACUGCACAUCCAGAGACCCUUCAGAUUUGACCUGUGACCUCAGAAAUGGGAAACGCCUACUAUAUCAGUAAAAAUGUGGCCAUGGGGCUGUUGGUGCUGGCGGUGGCUGCUCUGAUCACCAUUGUAGCUCUGUCGAUUUCCUAUCAUAAGGAAAGGAACCUACGGAGGUCUGGAACUGGAACUGUAGGCAGCACCAGCACCAGCAUGCCUCCACCUUCCACCACCUUCUUCAUCUCCAAGGAGCCCUGGGACCACUUCAGACUUCCAGACACUCUCACUCCUAUCUUCUAUAAUGUGACUUUGUGGCCUCGGUUGGAGCCCAACGCAGACGGUCUGUAUGUCUUCACGGGACAUUCAGUGGUGAUCUUCAGGUGCCUGAGCCAAACGGACCUCAUCAUCAUUCACUCCAGCAAACUCAACCUCACCACCUUCUACGGUCUCCACGCCAAGCUGAGAGGCCUCGAUGGAAUCACUGCACCCGCGAUUCAGCAGUCCUGGCUGGUGGCGAAGACAGAGUACCUGGUUCUUCGGCUUAGCAGCAGCUUGUCUGAGGGACGCUCUUAUGAACUUUACACCGAGUUCCAGGGGGAGCUGGCAGACGACCUGCAUGGAUUUUACAGGAGUGAAUAUGUUGAGGAUGGAGUGAAGAAAGUUGUUGCAACAUCACAGAUGCAAGCGACGUACGCCAGAAGAGCCUUCCCUUGCUUUGACGAGCCGGCCAUGAAAGCCGUCUUCAACAUCACCAUUGUCCACGAUCGAGCGAAGAUCGCCCUGUCCAACAGCAAGGACAGCCAUGUUGCAGACGCGGUCAUUGAAGGCGCGGAUGUCAAAGUGACCACAUUCGAACCAACAGCCAGAAUGUCCACCUACCUGCUCGCUUUUAUUGUCUGCGACUUCGAUUCAAUCGACACAACACAAAAUGAUUUACUGAUCAGAAUUUGGGCCAGAAGAAAAGCUAUAGAAGAAGGUCAAGGUAACUACGCUCUCAACGUUACAGGUCCCAUCCUGAAAUUCUUCGAGCAGUACUACGACACACAGUAUCCACUCUCCAAGUCAGAUCAGAUCGCACUGCCUGACUUUCACGCCGGCGCCAUGGAGAACUGGGGUCUGGUCACGUACAGGGAAACGGCACUGCUGUAUGACCCCGACAAGUCCGUCAGCAAAGAGAGGGUGGCCGUGGUCAUCUCCCACGAGCUGGCCCACAUGUGGUUCGGAAACCUGGUGACUCUGAGAUGGUGGAAUGAGACGUGGCUCAACGAGGGCUUUGCGUCGUACGUGGAGUACCUGGGAGCAGACUACGCUGAGCCCACCUGGAACUUCAAAGAUCGGGUGGUUCUUUACGACGUGCACAAAGUGUUUGCCGUGGACGCCCUGGCCUCCUCCCACCCGCUGUCCCGCCCGGCAGAGGAGGUCAACAGCCCUGCAGAGAUCAGUGAAAUGUUCAACACCAUCUCCUACAGCAAGGGAGCAGCGGUGCUCAGGAUGCUGUCCGAGUUCCUCACUGAAUCUGUGUUCGCCAAAGGACUCGCUACUUACCUCAAGGCUUUUGCCUUUGACAACACUGUGUCCACAGAUCUGUGGGAUCAUCUCCAGCAGGCAGCUGACAGCACACCAGGUGUUUCGCUUCCACACACCAUCCACGACAUCAUGAACCGCUGGACUCUUCAGAUGGGUUUUCCGGUGGUCACUGUGGACACCCGGACUGGAACUGUCACCCAGAAACACUUCCUGCUGGAUCCGAACUCUGUGGUGGCACAACCAUCACAGUUCAACUACACGUGGUUUGUUCCUGUUAAAUGGAUGAAGAGCGGCGUGGAGCAGCAGCAGUUUUGGCUCCUUCAUAAAACAGACACCCACAGUCCGAUGACGACGUCUGGACAGGACUGGGUGCUGGCAAACACCAACGUGUCCGGAUACUUCAGAGUGAACUAUGACCCCAACAACUGGGACCGUCUCAUCUCCCUGCUGGAUGUCAACCACCAGGCUUUGCCGAUCCUCAACAGAGCACAGCUCAUUGACGACGCAUUCAACCUGGCAAGAGCUGAAAUAGUCAACACGACCCUGGCCCUGAGAACCACAAGGUUCCUGGUCAAAGAGAUGGAAUAUAUUCCCUGGGAAUCUGCUCUGAAUAACCUCAACUACUACAUCUUCAUGUUUGAACGCAGUGAGGUCUACGGAGCCUUACAGGCCUACCUCAAAAAACAAAUCCUGCCGCUUUUUGAGCAUUUCAAGGCGAUAACCGCUAACUGGACGAAAAUACCUGAAGGACAAACUGAGCGUUAUAAUCAGAUUAAUGCUGUUGGAACAGCUUGCCUUGUGGGGGUGGAGGAAUGCAGGGCUCUAACUAAAAGCUGGUUCAGACAGUGGAUGAAGGAUCCAGACCACAACAUGAUCCAGCCCCACUUGAAAACCACAACGUACUGCAAUGCUAUAGCUUUCGGCGGUGUGAAGGAAUGGGAUUUUGCUUGGAAAAUGUUUAAGAACACGACGGUGGCUCCUGAACUCUCUCGGCUCAGGAAGGCCAUGGCCUGCACCAAAACACCGUGGCUUCUCCACAGGUAUCUGGAGUACACCCUGGAUCCUGCUAAGAUUCGAAAACAGGAUGCCCUGUCUACGAUCCAAACCGUCAGCCGAAACGUUGUUGGAAUGCCGCUGGCCUGGAACUUCAUUAGAGAAAACUGGGGCUACCUUUUCCAACAAUAUGGAACAGGAUCAUUUUCCUUUCCCAGACUCAUCUCUGCAGUCACAAGCAGAUUCUGCACGAACGUCGAGUUGCAGGAGCUGAAGAAGUUUAAAGAAGAAAACCUCCAGAGUGGUUUUGGCUCGGCCACGCUGGCUCUGGAGCAGGCCAUCGAGAAAACCACAGCCAACAUCAGAUGGGUGACGCAGAACAAAGCCCACAUGCUGCAGUGGUUUACUGCCGAGUCGACAUGAGUGUCGGCGCGCCUCCUGGAUCACUCAGGAGAGAUUCUGUAAAGCUGUGGUAGAACAUAGAACAGCUGACUGGUGGCAGCAGCCCGUCUGUGAUGUCAUCUCCCGCGUGUAUUGCAACAUUUGUGCUCUAAUGGCAAAUACUGUACAAGAGGUGACCUCAGUCUCACCUCCAGUCUGUGAUUCUUUUAGAUAAUAGAAAUGUAAAUGAACGUCAGAAAACCACUAAUCUGUGCCAUUGUUUGCGUAUUUUAAAGGAGUUACGUUAUCCGCCUGUUCCACGAGUUAGCACGCGACGUGUCCUAACGAUAUAUCAAAACAUUCCAGAUUUUUAAAACUCUCAAGGAAACCAGCUGUUCCUGAGCCUGUUGGCUCCAAGUGGAAAUGAGCUGCUGCUCACCACGCCCACUCCCUGAUGGGGGAGGGGGAGGAUCACAGUGGGCGUUUCAGCCUUGAGUCUGAAACGAGUUUUUUAGGGUCUAAUUUUUGCUUCUUGUCAUAGAGUGUCAAACGUGCACAGCUGUAGAAUUGUGUGACUUUGAGGAUGUUUAACAUGAAAACCAAAUGAUCUGUGAAUGAUAGAUUUAAAAAGACAAACAUAAUUUGCACAGUUUGAUCCCUUUAAAUCAGCCUCUGUCUGUUGUAACCCUGAAGGAUUCCUUAUUUGCACACUUCCCAACUUUUCCUGGAUUCAUUGUAGGAAAGAGGCAAAAUAAAAUCCCUGUUUAAUAAGUUUGGACAGUCCUGUUUUCCAUGACUUUUAC